AUGGCGUCUACCUCCCAUCCCGAUACAAGCCCUGCUCCAAAUGCUAAGAUGCAGGAGCUUAUCACGCUCCUGCAAGCUGCAGCCACUCUUUCUCGCCAAGCAAUAGAGCGGUCUAGUCGCGCCGGGGAGCUGAUACGGCAAGUCAUUGACGAGCUGCCUGAGGCUGUCGACAGAGCAGUCCCUUCUCAAGACUCCAUCGACAGACCCCGUUGGAUCAAGCUCCCUGCACGGUCUCCAGCCGAAGUCGCGAAUCUUCUUUCUGCUGAUGCCGGCGAUUUGUUCUAUGUCGUUGUUGUUGGUCGCGAGCCGGGCGUAUAUCUGAGCCACACAAAGGCUGACGAGCUCUGCGAUCACGUCCCCGGCCAGAAGAAAAUGCGCUUUCGUGACCGGGCUGUGGCUCUCGACUACUACCGCCAGCAGUUUCAAGCGGAUAAGGUCGAGAAGUGGGUCGAAGUAGAUCAGGCGGAGGCUGAUGAUCUCAGGACCUCAAGCUUGCUCUCGAAGCUCAUGUUGAAUACUGGUAACGACCCACCGAGGUCUAAGAGUACAAAAAAGAAGAAGCUUGCACGAUCUGAGGAACAACGCGCCCAAGCCCGGAAGCAUUCUGCGACGUAUUAUGCUAAGAAUGCCGAGACCAUCCGAAUCAAGAAGCGGGCACAAAUGGCGGCUCGGCGGUAUUGUUUAGCUAAUUCCAUCCGUUUGGCACCGUUCUUACAACACAUUAGGCAGGCGCAAAAGGCUGCUAAGACUAAUAAGCUUGCCAAGGAUGCAAGUUCCAAUGAUCAAUGUCCUGCCAAUCCCAUAGCGGCUCGGACUGGUGGCUCAUCUGAUAAUCAUGACCUCAGGCUGGGACUCCCUUGUGACCUGCCUGCCCCACCCGAAGGUCAGGGAGAGACGAACCAAGAUAUCCAUGCCGACUCAACAAACGCGGGACUUGUGCAAAUGAGUGCUGUUCCUCUCGAGACGCCGUUGACUCGGAGCCAAGGACCCAGUAUUCCUCGCUCACCCACACCUUUGACAAUUCUGCCUCCUCAAGUUGUCCCGUUGGAGACGUCUCUGGAACGCGCGUGUGAACUUGGACCCACGCCAGAUGCCCCGCAGGUGCUGUGA